GUGUGGGGUGUGUUCUUAAGAAAGAGAGAGAGAGAGAAACAAAAAGAUGGGAAGGGGGAGGGUUGAACUGAAGAGGAUAGAGAACAAAAUUAACAGGCAAGUAACAUUUGCUAAGAGAAGAAAUGGAUUGCUCAAGAAGGCCUAUGAGCUCUCAGUCCUUUGUGAUGCUGAGGUUGCCCUCAUCAUCUUCUCCAACCGUGGCAAGCUCUAUGAGUUCAGCAGCACCUCAAGUAUGAUGAAAACACUGGAGAAGUACCAGAAGUACAGCUACAGUGCAUUGGAGACCACCCGACCAAUUAAUGACAUUCAGAACUACCAGGAAUAUUUGAGAUUAAAAGCAAAGGUUGAAGUCCUGCAACGUUCGCAAAGGAACCUGCUCGGGGAAGAUCUUGCACAAAUGAACACAACUGAGCUCGAGCAGCUUGAGAAUCAACUGGAGGCAGCACUGAGGAAUAUUAGGUCAACAAAGACUCAAUUCAUGCUUGACCAGCUUGCUGAUCUUCACAACCGGGAAACAGUGCUUGUUGAAACUAAUAACGUGUUAAGGAGUAAGUUGGAAGAAACAAAUAAUUCACAGGUUCCAGCAGGAGGGGCUUUGGAAGGUGGAGGGCCUAACAUCCAUUACACCAAUUUUCCAUCGCAAACAGAGGGGUUUUUCCAGCCUGUGGGAGUGAAUCCCAACUUGCAAAUUGGAUACAACCCAACUGGUCCUGACGACGGAGCUUCAUCCUUAAAUAUGCAUGGAUUCGCCUCUGGGUGGAUGCUUUGACGUACGACUCCGAAUUUGCAUGCGAUAAAGACAAAAGAAAAA